CGGGCUAAGUCACUCGUGUUCGAUACGGUAUCGGGUUACCUAGGUGUUGCGGUACGGUGCGUAUCGCGGCGAAAACCGGUCCAGAUUCUUACCACGUUGAACAUUAUGUGUCUCAGUACCGUGUCUCAGCAGCGAGCGACAUGAAUCCCGAAUGCGCAACGUUGUGGAAGGACGGAAAUUCGGGGCUGUCGUUGCUCUUCGCCACUCUGUGCAUCGUCGAUAUUUUCGGCGUAUUCCCGAUAAUCGCGUUACCACGAUCGAUUGUCCAGUGCGGACUGUACGGAAUCCCUUUGGUGCUUAUUGUUCUUGGUUUGCAAAUUUAUACGGCCAUUCUGUUGGGGAGAUCAUGGAUUAUCGCGACUGCUCUGGAUCCACAGAUUUCACGAAAAAAUCGCUAUCCUCUCGCCGCUGUGACGGAAUUAACGAUGGGGCAGCGCGCACGAUCCAUCAUUACUCUGCUUUUGGAUCUGACGGUUUUUGGUUGCGGCAUCCCGAAUUUGUUAGUCGCUUCACAGAACUUGCAUCUGUUCGGGCUCAAGAUAUCGGGACAACGUUUUGAUCUUUCCUUCUGUUAUUGGCUAUUGAUAGUCGGCCUUUUACUUUGCCCGUUAAUGUGGCUGGGCAGUCCGCGAGACAUGAAAUGGAUCGCAACGUGCUCUAGUAUAAUGGUCGCUUUAACAGCGAUAUUAACGUGGUGGAGCAUUAUAACUGAUGACCGAACAUCUGAUGUCGCACCAAUUGUCACUUCUCCAACGUGGGAUAAAUUUAUUUCCGGAUAUGGUAUGCUAGCCUUUCAGUUCGAUGUGCAUCCUACUUUAAUGACGAUACAGGUUGAUAUGCGCAGUCCUCGAGACAUCGAUAAAGCUAUCUUCUUUUCUUUCAUGGCAAGCGGAUCGCUGUUCACCAUUACCACUUGCCUAGCCGUGUGGAAAUACGGCGGCAAUACGACUGUCAAUAUUCUUGAGGCUGUGCCAUCCGGAUCGAUUGCAAAUAUCGCCAUUCUAUUAGCCGCUCUUCAGUUAUGCUUCUCCAGCGUAAUUGGCUACUCGGCACUCUUUCAACAUCUGGAGGAUCAAUGGAGCGUACAAAGAACUUUCGGAUGGAAACGAUGCGCCAUGCGAUCGGCGGUAGUUUUUCUCAGCGUGGUUGUAGGCGAAUCGGUAUCGCGAUUCGACAUCGUUAUGGCUCUGAUCGGUGGCUCGUUAACCGGAUCAUUGGUCUUUGUUUUACCACCUCUAAUAUACGCUCGAGCAUUAGCUUUAAAGAAAAAAUCGAAUCAUAUACCAACUGUCGAGGCACGGAUUUAUUCUGGUUCUCGCAAAAGACUUAACGGCGAAGAGCAACGUUUGAUGGAUCCCGGAGCUCAUUCCCGUUCAAUUUAUUACGGUUUCCUGAGUGCCACGAAUAAUCCUCGCAGCUACACGUAUCUCUACUUCGACGACUUAGAUGACGAGAUAAAUUCACAUUUGAGCGGCGAGUCCGCUGAUUGUUACGAGGGCGAACGCAGGGACGAAGCCACUCAAAUUCCAAUGACUAAAACUCGUCAGGAGGACCAGCCGCUUCUUAUCUAUGCUACAGAGCCAAUCGGAAGUCGAAUCAGGAGGUCUACAGGUGAUCCGCAAGAGGAGACCGCAGGAACGGUUGCAAAGAGGAAGAAAUUAUGGAAUCUAGAAAGGAUGAUUAAUUACUUCGGCUGCUUCAUAGUAAUGAUUGGUAUAGCGAUCACGCUGUCUUCGACAUAUGUCAACAUUUGGAAUACCAUACGCUACGUGCGUUUUACGCCGCCGUGCAUCAUUAACGCUACUGCGGGCUAAAUCUUCGCACAGUUUCUCAAUGUUCGUUUAGUUUCACCAAUUAAUUGUAACGUUUGUAUUUUGUAUAAUAUCUGUCGAAUAUGAAGAGUGCGAUAAAAUCGGAUGUGAGAAUGUAAAGCGAUAUUCUGCAAUUUAUCCUCACAUAUUUCAUUUCAAUCUAGAAAUUAUAUUUCUUUCUUUUUUAGAAUAUCCGCAGAGAAUUCUUCUCUCUGCUAUCCGCGAACAAAAAAUCGGGAUG